CUUUUGGAGGUAGGUCCCUGUGAAAUACUGCAGGAGCUAGGGUUUGCUCAUUGGCUGUAAAGCUUGUCUGGGAGUAUUAGGCCUGCAGCUCGUAGCUCCUAGAAGGUACCAUAAUAUUCACGUAGCACUCUGUUGUAUUCUGAGCAGCACAACUAUGGCGCGUUUUCUCCUGCUUUCUGCUCUGCUGGUCGUCUCUGUGGCUUUUGCCUAUGGACAGUUUCAAAUUAGCGAGACUCAGGGCAUGAACUGUGGUCACUACGUUGCCUUGACACAACUACAGUCUGGCAAUGUUGGUGGCUUCCAUCUCCGCGGAAAUGUCAUGUUCGUCGUCGCGAGUCGACUGCCAUCCGUCACCCGCGUGAUAGUCCAUAGCUUCCCGUCUUCCAUCUCUCACGUACUCAACGAGCUCCGCGCCAAGCCCGAAGACACGGAGGAGCCUUCGCAGAUCUCCGAGUCUUCUAACGAGGAUAUUCCGACUCCGGUGCCUAUUGCAAAUGAGGAGGAGGAUGUUUUUGCCUCGGGCGGUGAAUCCAGCACAGUUUCCAACGCUGGCGAUGACGACGCUACCGCCGAAACGAUUUCUGACGAGGUCAAAGAGGAUUCCGACACGGAAGACGUCAGAAUCUUGACGGAAGACGACAGCGACGCUGCCGUCACUGCCGACCCCGCCUCCGACGAGCUUAUCGCGACGGGAACGGAGGAUGCCGCUGCUACCACUGCCGUCACUGGUCCGUGGAACCACCUCACAUCUGCGUUCGACAGUUUCGUACGCUCUCGCGAUUUGGAUAAAGGUCUCGAUCUCGACGAAUUCUUUUCUGCGAUUCCAGCUGAGUCGCUCUCUCAGGGGGAGCGAGACGAGCUCAACGAGGUGAAGAAGCUUUUCCAGGCCGUAAACGUCAGGACGCGCGCUCAUUGGGGGGGUUCGAGCACGGAGGAUGCGGUCACUUCGGAUGAUCCCUUUUUGGAAGCCAUUAGCAACGGGGUGGCGACUUCGGAGGAGGGUGCGAGCUCGGAGGAGGGAAGCACGGAGGAUGCGAGCUCGGAGGAGGGGAGCUCGGAGGAUGCGAGCUCGGAGGAGGAUGCGAGCAUGGAGGCUGUCCCGAUCGAGGAUGAUGACUCCGCCGCCACAGGCGACGAUGCUGAAGUGACAGUCAUGGUCGAUUACCCCUUGCCGACCAUCCUCCCCUACUGGACCGUCACCAACAUCAUUGGCCUUGUCCUUCUCGGGAUGGCCUUCGUGCUCCUGGUCACCAUGAUGAUUCUCAGCCUCGCCUCCAUUCUCUAUGGCUGUGCGGAUCCUGAGGAUGAUGACUCGACCGUUCUGCUCUAUGAGGACAACACCAAGACCCCGCUUCUCAAGUCAUAUGUCGUGGAGUACUCGCCCAAAGGCCAGCAUGUGAACCCAGUGGCCGUGUAUGUGCCCCCAGCGGCCAAGUAGAGGGGGAUUGGUAUGAAUUUCAUUAAGAAAUUCAUCAAUAACUCGGCUGUCCUUCAUAACAGCGCCCAUUUUGCUCAAGACUGGCAGGGAGGAUGUUUCAUCGAUAAUGCUACUGUGAAUAGCCGUUAAUUUUAUGUGUACAGUAAUGUUGGUGUGGUGCAUUGUAAGUCCCAGUUCAACUAAGGAGUGGAGGUUGUACAUGGACUCGAUUUGUGUUUCCCGGUAUGGUGUAGUGUAGUCUACUAGCGUUCACCCACCCGGAGCUACAAUUAGUCAGGGCUAUGUGUACCACCAAACCAUGGGCUCCCCCACCGAUAUUUCAUGCCACCU